AUGUGUAAGGUUACACUGAAGGUUUCCAUAGCUCCAGAAAGAACGCUGAGAGCCCGUGCGGUUAUGCUGAGAACUGUACGAGGAGGAUCACCGGGAGAGCAGGCGGGAAUCGUCGAAUUUGUACAGAGAAAAAAUCAGCUUACGGUUAGCGGAAGAGUGAGUGGAUUGACACCAGGUCUUCAUGGUAUGCAUGUCCAUCAAAACGGCGAUCUAGGAAAUGGCUGUCUAGCCGCUGGUGAUCACUACAAUCCUUCCAGUAUGACUCAUGGUUCUCCUACUGCUCGGGUUCGACACGUUGGCGAUCUUGGAAACAUCGUCGCUGGGCCGGACGGCGUUGCGAAUAUCAACGUAGUGGAUACAGUGAUGAGGCUCAAUGGACCGCAAAGUGUGCUUGGACGAGCUCUCGUCAUUCACGCCAUGAGAGACGACCUGGGCGUUGGCAACUCACCACUGAGUGGACGACCCGUGUUGAGAGCUCGUGCGAAUAUGCGUAGAGCUGUCGCAAAUGCCGCUCCAGCUGAGACGAUUGGUUUCGUUGAUUUUGAGCAGAACGGAAAUGUCAUUACAAUUAACGGCAGCGUAUCUGGAUUGACUCCAGGUCUUCAUGGAAUUCAUAUCCAUGAGAGAGGUAAUCUAGGAAAUGGCUGUCUAGAUGCUGGUGGUCAUUACAAUCCGACCAAUAAUCCUCAUGGAGCACCCUCUGAUAGGAUUCGGCAUGUCGGCGAUCUUGGAAACCUCAUCACACCGGAUAGUGGCAAUACUCCGAUUUCCAUUAGGGAUACUGUGGUGAGACUCGAUGGCGUGCAAAGCGUGAUUGGACGAGCUCUCGUCAUUCAUGCCGCUGGCGACGAUCUCAACCGUGGCCUCUCGCCACAGAGUAGCGUGACCGGCAACGCGGGGGGUCGGGUAUCCUGCGGAAUCAUCGAGAUCGUCUGA